GCUUUCGCACUGUUAGUGGCCACUGGUCUCGAGAUGCCAACGCACGGGAACUUGGCAGCUAGUUCACUCUGGCAGCCCGCUGAACUGGCUAGGCGAAUGCUGGGAGAACGACCCUCUCCUGUUCCGCCUACAAGAGAACUAUGGCCUCCUCAGGAGCAGCGCUUGAGCAUAAGUACAUUACAAUUGGCAUAUCAAAGAGAUUACCGAGAAGACGACUUUUCACCGAGACGCACAUUAACACUACCUUCUCAACCUUACUUCUCGACGACGUUGCCGAUAGAUUGUGACGAUCAACUUCAAUUUCGAUCUGUAAGCACUAAUACCGACCCUCCUGCGACAUUGUUAAGCCGCAUAAGAAGAUUUUUACGAAAAGACGAUACUUUUUCAACGUUCUCAAUGUCCAAUCAAACCACCACGAAGAGGGAAACGCAGGUUGGACAGAACGUCGAGAAUCCAGCUCGGCGCGCUGUUAAGAAUUUAAAGAAGACCCUUGCUGGAGCUAAGUAUCGUAUUGCACCGAAUGCUGAAAAUAUAGAGAGCCCAAGAAUUGUUUACAAUGCGGCGAAACCAGGUGAUCGUAUGAUGACCACUUUCGGAGCCAACAAGUCCCGAAAAUGGUUUAGUCUCCCCUCUAGAUAUGACUGUUCUCGAAAACUGCGCGCAUUCCAGAAUAUUUGUGGUCAACGGUCUCAAGAAUCUGGCCCCCCACUUCGUCCCCCCUUGCAGAUAACUCAGGUGUGAAUAAUAUGUGGAUGACUGAUUUGUUAAUGUUUUUUUUGUGAACACGAAAUGCUAUGUAUAGUGUGAAAUGCUAUGCUAUGUAUUUGUUGCUAACUACUGUGCGUUUAAUAAUUGUUGUGGAUUGAUCAAAUUUUAAGUAGAGUUUUGGCUAAUAAACGUGUCUCGGUAA